AUGGGAGCUCUGACCAAAGCUGCAGUGGCCGAAAUCUGCGAGCUGGUGGAUGAAGGUUACUCGGUGCUGCAGCUGGAGAUCAGCCGCAGCCACAAGGAGAACGACGACCUGAGGAAGAAGCUGCACCUCAUCGAGUCCAUCGUGGUGCGGGGGAGCUGCGGGGGCAAGACGGCGGAGGAACCAGGGGGGGUGGUAGUAGUGGAGGCCGCGGAGGGAGCGAGGCAGGCGGGGAUAACACAGCAGCAGCAGCAGCGGGGAGACGAUGCAGGAGACCGGGGAGCUGUUGCGGGAGGAGACGGAGGAGCUGUGGUGGUGCUGCGGGAAGAGCUUCCAGACGUGGUGCUGAUCAAAGACGAAGACUCGGACAGUAACGACACCUUCGAGGACGGGGACAAAGCACCUGUGACAGCUGCAGCCAGAGAGAGCGCCACGUCGUCUCCAAACAGCCGGAGCAUGAAGAGACCUUGGCCGGGAAACGAAGACGCUGACAGGAAGUCGUCCUCUGAGCUCACACUGAAAAGUCCAACGUCAUCCAAACAGACACAGAAGAAGAACGUGUCUGUCUACAGUCUGGACUCUCCUCGCAGCGAGCCGGGCUGCUCCGGUCAGCUGGGCGGUGACGAGAGGGAGGCUGGCGAGCUGGUUUGUUCGUACUCCUCACAGAUGGACCCUGACAUCCAUUUGGUCCACCAGGAGUGCUCACUGGCUCCCCCUAUGUCUAGUGCUAGCAGACAGAUGUAUUACACCAACAGCACUCUGAUUGACUCUCAGCCUCAUACAGAUGAACUGGAUCUCACUCCAACGUGGAGCAAACAGUCCAAAAACCACAUGGCUUUCGCUCAGUUUCACCAAAACGAAAACAUGGACGGUGACGCGUUCGGACUCAAGCUGAUAAACGUGUCUGGCUCAACGCCCACAGACUGUCAGCUAUCCGAAAGCAGCGACUCCGCUUUUGGAUACGACGAGGCCGACGGGAUGAGCUUUGCUGUCUACAGGGACCAAUCAGGUCUGCACUGUAACGGGGCGAGCAAAGGGAAGCGCUUCAUAUGCUCCAUCUGCAGCAAGACGUACGCCACGUGUCAGAACCUGGAAGUUCACAUGCGGAUCCACACGGGCGAGAGGCCGUUCAGCUGCAGUCAGUGCGGCAAGAAAUUCACCCAGUCGGCUCACCUGAAGUCGCACCUGAGCAUUCACUCCGGAGAGCGGCCGUACGCCUGCACGCGAUGCUCCAGGAGCUUCAUCGUCAAAUACAGCCUCACAUUACACAUGAAGAAAUGCCACCCUGACGUCUGAGCCAUUUCACAUCAGUUGUAGGUUUUGUUCUAUAACGUUGUGUGCUGUGUGUGUAUUCAUUUUUAUGUUAUGGAAAACCUCUUAGGUUUGGCAUUCAUGGUUUUACAAUCAUACACUUUACAAUCAUAAGUUAUACAAUCUUAAGUUUCACUUUGAGUCAUCGCUCUGUGAGCUCAUGUUUUAUUUGCUCAUGCAGAUGCGUCUGUCUCUCCCUCCUAUUCAGACAGAUUUCCGGCUGACCUGAUUCAGGUCAGGCCAAUCACAACCAUUUAUCUAAUGUGGGUUUGAUAUGACGACUGUACAGAGGAAUGCGGCUGAGGAAUUUUUGUAAACAACCAAUAUGGCUGCCACUGAUGUGGAGCUGUCUGUUCAAACUGCUGUUGCGACAGAAUGGCAUUCAUUUCCUCUAAGAGAAAAACAAGCUGCACUUAAAACUUUUGUUGAUACGAAAAAUAUGUUUGUGGUACUAUGUCAGAGCUACAUCAGUUUCAUAGCUCUGAUAUCCAAUUCAGAGACACUUUGGUGUACACGCACAGAUAACACCCUUUGGAAAUCAAAAAUGAACUGAGAGGUCACAGACUAACACACAUUUGUGAAUUGGUCUGGUGAUGUCAGGCUAUGAGAUAAUUUCUUAUUUUUAGAAAUAGCUUCAUUCUGGAAAUUUUAAAGAAGUUUGUAAUGAUUUCUGUCUUUGCUUUUCAAAUAAGUCUGAAUCACUGAAAGUCUGGUGUACAGGCCAAACCCAUUUCAGGCCAGUUAAUUAAUGUGUGAGAAACAGGAUACUGUAUAAAGUAAUUUACAGUACAAAUUUGUGUCAUUCUUUGUUAAUAAACAAGUUCUGAAAUGUGUUUUGUAUCAGUUUAUUACCGUUAUAACACCAGAUUUGUGUUUGUUGAAGGUAGGUGCACACAAGGAGGAAGCAGAGGAAAACUGCCUAUUGACAUCAAAAAAUGUAAAAGAUAAAAAUCAACCUUACAACUCCUCUGAAGCUCUCUGAUUUACAUGUUGCAUUGUCUUAAAAAUAAAAUUGUAAAAAGCUAAA